AUGGAAGCGAUCGGGGCUGCGUCCGCGAUCUUUGAGAUCGCUACAACUGGAGUGCAAUGCUCCAUCAAGCUGCUAACCUUCGCCAGCCAGGACAACUCUGCAGAGGAGGAAAUAACGCAUAUAGCCGAGGAGGUGUCUCUGAACGCGAGUAUAUUGCUGCAACUCGGCGACUUUGUCAAAGAUGGCAAGAGAAAUAACCAAUCCACGGUGAAAGACGAUAACGGCGACCACGAUGAGAACCUGAGCCUGGUCGCUAAUUCCCACGAUCCCAAACACAACCGGCCGAGAAAUGGUAUUUUCAACCCAGUUGGACUUACGACUGUUCUGAAGCAUGCCGAGCAAUGCAGGGGAGUCUUUGACACACUCAACGAAGGUAUAAAGCGAGUGAGCACGCGGUCUAAUUCAACUUCUCGAACACCGGCACAGCACCAACAUGCCCGGCUGGCGAUGGUGAAAUGGCCUUUCCUGAAGCCGGAAACGGAGGCCCUACGAGGUCAGUUGAGGGAAGUGAAGGGGACGUUGGUUCUGAUGCUACAACUUGCUAUGUUGCGCUAUUCAAGAAGGGCGGCCGAAGGGGGGCCACGAUCGCAGUUUAACACUUUUCCUCAUUUAUCUAAAACAGAUGAGAAGUUGCUCGUUUUGUCCAUUGCGGCAGCAUAUCAGAAGAAACCGGAAGCAUUCCGGCCAUCUAGCGAGGGCGCGAAAGUAAACAAUGUGCCCGAUUCUGUCGCGCAUUUAAACAACCUGCCUCAGGCAGAUAAGACCAAAGCCGCUGAUGACUAUCCGGAGGAUACAAAGCUUAAUUGUCUGUCCAGGUUUUGCAAGAGAUUUCUCCCUUCGAAAACAAUCGUUGUGGCGGCAGAUCAAGCCAGUGAGAACCACAUUUCUGAGCAUGACUCCAUUAAAGAGACUUCGCUAGACUCAAACUACGCAAUUGAAAGAUCAGACGUGCGACCCGUUGAUUUGGAGCAGCAGAGCUUCGCGUCUGCAUCAGAAGCCCGCUCAUGCGCUGAUGAUCAAGAUGACACAACCGUUUUUGUCGAGGAGGCCAAGGCCAAUGUGCAGUAUUUAUCUCCGCCGAUUGAAAGCCCCCUUCAGUCGAAAUCUCAACAUCGAGCAGAGCUGCUUCCUCUGAAGGAGUACCUUGAGGUCCGCGCCUUCUCCCCCGUGGCGUGCAUCAAAGAUCGCAAAAUCCAUAUUGAAUAUGUAAACCGAGUCAUUCAAAUUUCUCAGGAAUCAGCUCAAUGGCAGCUACAGGCAUGGAAGUCUACUUCUACCGAUACCGUUCUCAGUCGCCUUCUAGCGCUUACCACCAGCGAGAAUGAAGCACUACAAGCCUCUCCAUGUACAGCUAAUGACCCUUCAAAACUUGGCAAUGCAAUUCUCGAGUGGCUUCACUUAGGCGAGACUCUUCCACUCAUCGAUGAUGUGGCACAUGUUAGGGCGAGGGCUCUGACUGCGGUGGUUAAAGUAAGCCGCGAGUCACAGGACAAGAGUAAGGAUAUCGGUCGGGGUGAGAAUAACCAAGGUGAAAAAGUCGAUACGUGGACUAAGGUACCACGGCAGUAUAUGCGUCCUGAGACCUUGAAUGAAUACAACUUACCUUGGAUGGAAGAUGAGCAUGAUUCGAACUGUAUUAUAGUUAAGCGGUUGAUCUCACAGGCCUUCCAGGAGGAAUUAUUCGCCCAUACCCACCACAUUCAUAAAAGGCCGAGGAAGAAGCAGGAAUUGUCCACGGAGUGGAACCCUGACCCUACGCCAAAUGCGGAUAUUAUCUUACAAUGUGACAUUAUUAACGGGAGGGACGUCGAAGAUAUAGCGGAUGAUCUUCUAGCUCAAUAUACAAAUGCGUAA